CGACCAAUUUUAUACAUUUGAUUGUAAAUAUCGUAAUGUUCAUAGUUGAUUCAUAUACUGACUAUUCAUUUAAGUAUAUCCGCGCAGACAUAUUUGUUGACGUUGUUGCUUUGCUGUUUCAUGGUCUGAACCUUAAGGUCUACUGCAUGUGCGGGUUUGGUGUUUAAGUUUUUUUUACUGAUAAACAUGACUGUUACACAGGAAAAAGUCAACUGGAAGCGCACCCUUUUUAUUCAUUAUCAUACAUGUUUUUGUUAAACUUAAACUCACGGUGGCGCUAUACACCAGCCUUAAGUUGUUGAAUGACUCUCCUUUGGCGUGGAACCUCAUUCUUGCUCCUGUGAUACGAUAAGAACAAACAUAUUGGACCUGGUGUUUCUUUCCGUGUGGUUGAACGUUAUUUUUGGCUUCAUUCCUCCACCUAUUCUGGAUAAUCCAUCGAAUAUGUUUUCGAAAAUGAUCGCGUUUCCGACGUGUGGCUUCUAUUUCGUUCUGCUUUUUGCGCAUGUCGCUCAUGGAGACCUGAGCUAUUCUUUUCCAGAAGAGAUGAAACGAGGAUCAAUUAUUGGAAAUGUGGCCAAGGAUCUUGGGCUCGACAGGGGUGCACUGUCCAUCAGAAGAGCCCGCAUGGAAGCGGAUGGGACUGAAAAGCGUUACUGUGACAUAAACUUGAAUAACGGAGAGUUGAUUGUCGCCGAAAGGAUUGACCGAGAGGGGCUUUGUGGAGAAAAGGCUUCGUGCAUCCUAAAACACGAGCUUGUGCUGGAAAAUCCUCUCGAGCUCCAUUUGAUAAAUCUUCACAUCCAAGAUGUUAAUGAUAAUUCCCCACAAUUUAAGGAAGACUUGAUUAACAUAGAAAUUACAGAAAUGGCAGUUAGGGGAGCUCGUUUUGUGAUCGAAGAGGCGCGCGAUACGGAUGUAGGACAGAAUUCAGUUCAGCAAUACAGCCUUAAAAAUAACGCUAAUUUCAUUUUGGCUGCAGAUGGGAAUACAUUAGAGAUCGUUCUUGAAAAAGAGCUUGAUCGUGAAAAACAACACGCGAUCGAUUUGCUCCUCACAGCUUUAGAUGGAGGUUCUCCUCAGAGAUCAGGUACUGUCGUCAUACACGUCACUGUACUGGAUGCUAAUGAUAACGCCCCAGUGUUUAGUCAGGCCGUUUAUAAAGCCAGUCUGCCUGAAAACUCUCCUCCUGGUACUGUAGUGGUCACAGUGAGUGCUAGUGACGCAGACAAGGGGUUAAAUGGUGAUGUCACUUAUGACUUUGGACACGUUGGUGAUGACGUAAAGAAGGUAUUUAGUAUAGAUCGUAAUGUCGGUAAGAUUCGAGUAAUUGGGAUUGUUGAUUAUGAAACUACGAGAUCAUUUGAAAUACGCGUCAAAGCAAAAGAUGGAUUAGGGCUGUCGUCUUAUGCGAAUGUAGUACUUGCUAUUACUGAUGUGAAUGACAACACCCCUGUAGUUAGUUUGAAAUCACUAACGAAUCCCAUUCCAGAGGAUACGGCACCUGGUACUGAGGUGGGCAUCGUUAACGUGCAGGAUAGAGACUCCGAGGCUAACAGACAGGUCCGCUGCUCCAUUCAUCAAAAUGUCCCUUUUAAAUUGGUUCCUUCUCUCAAAAAAUAUUAUUCUCUGGUGACCACAGGACAACUGGACCGUGAACUAGCGUCAGAUUACAACAUUACAAUCACUGCCACUGAUGAGGGCUCUCCACCUCUGUCCUCCUCUAAAACUGUUCAGUUGUCUGUAGCAGACAUCAACGACAACCCACCUGUGUUUGAGGAACAAUCCUACAGCGCUUAUGUGACUGAAAAUAACAAAGCUGGCUCCACUUUAUGUUCCGUUACCGCUCGAGACCCCGACUGGAGACAAAACGGUACCGUUAUUUAUUCUCUGUUACCCGGUGAGGUGAACGGAGCCCCGGUGUCCUCCUAUCUGUCUGUUAACGGAGACACGGGGGUGGUCCACGCUGUGAGGUCGUUUGAUUAUGAGCAGUUCAGGAGCUUUAAAGUCCACGUGAUGGCCAGAGACAACGGGUCUCCUCCGCUCAGCAGCAACGUGACCGUCAGUGUGUUCGUAUCGGAUGUGAACGACAACUCUCCUCAGAUACUGUACCCCAACCCGGAGGGAAACUCCUUUAUGACCGAGCUGGUCCCCAAAGCUGCGCACGGAGGGUCUCUGGUGUCCAAAGUGAUCGCGGUGGACGCGGACUCCGGACAGAAUGCCUGGCUGUCCUAUCAUAUAGUCAAAUCCACUGAUCCGGGACUUUUCACUAUCGGUCUCCACAGCGGAGAGAUCAGGACUCAGCGGGACAUUUCUGAAUCUGACAGCAUGAAGCAGAACCUCAUUGUGUCGGUGAAAGAUAACGGACAGCCCUCUCUCUCUGCCACCUGUUCCAUGUAUUUACUUAUUUCUGAUAACUUGGCUGAGGUGCCAGAACUGAAGGAUAUUUCUUAUGACGAGAAGAACUCCAAACUGACCUCUUAUCUGAUCAUCGCGCUGGUGUCAGUGUCCACCUUUUUUCUGACCUUUAUCAUCAUCAUCCUCGGUGUGAGGUUUUGUCGCAGGAGAAAGCCCAGACUGUUGUUUGAUGGAGCAGUUGCCAUCCCCAGCGCGUAUCUCCCUCCUAAUUACGCAGACGUGGACGGAACAGGAACUUUACGCAGCACUUACAAUUAUGACGCGUACCUGACAACAGGUUCAAGAACCAGUGACUUUAAGUUCGUGUCAUCUUACAAUGACAACACUCUGCCUGCUGACCAUACUCUGAGGAAAAGUCCAAGUGAUUUCGCUGAUGUGUUUGGUAAAACGGAGAAGUCUUUAGAGGUAUGA